UACGUCUAUUGGCUAUUGCACAUUUAUGUUUACAGUUUAUACUUUAGAUUGCAUCGCAAUUCAUUCAUAGAUUUAAUUUGAAGGUGAAAGCUACGCAAAAGCUCAUAUUAAAACCAUUGGUUUUGAAUUAUUGUGAUUGUGAAUUAAUGUGAAGCAAUAUUUCAGGCCGAAAUCGCUACUUCUAAUCGACAACUAAAUAAUUUUACUAUACAAUGACUCUGGGUACUUAUAACAGACACCAAGCACAAAGAAAGAAGCAGUUAGCAUUGGCAGCUGCCUUUCCUCAAGGAAUUCGGUGUCAAAAGUGUUUGCAAUAUGGUCAUUGGAGCUUCGAAUGCACCGGACAACGAAAAAUACUAAUCCGCCCCUCCCGCACGCAAGUAUUAAAGAAAAAUCUCAAGGAAAAAAAUUCAAACAGCAGUCAUGUACAAUGCAAGAUACCAGCAAAAAAGAAGCGUAACUCUAAGUCGGAUUCCUCUGAAUCAUCCAGUUCAUCAUCAGGAUCAUCUUCAGACAGCUCGUCAUCAGAUAGUGACUCAGAAAAUGAAAGCGGUUCUGAAUCUGAUAGCAGCAGUAGCAGCAGCAGUAGCGGAAGCAGCAAUAACUCCGGCUCUGAUUCUUCAAGUGACUGAAUCAUGAUUUGCAAUCCUCAGAUUAUUGUAUGUCCAUAGUUUGUUUGUUGGUAUCAUCUCUAUAAUGUUAAGAAAAAAAUAAAAUGGAUCUUAAGGAUUACUCAAAUGUUUAA